GUGGAACGGGGGAUCGGCAUCAUGGAUGUUCAGCCGACAAAUUUGCAGCAACUGCGUGAUGCUAUCAUGGCAAUAAAGACCAAACUCUCUGAGUAAUGUUCCCUGUAUCUUGGUAGUUCUACGACAUCCAAAGAUUGAUGCAGUUCUGAAGGACAAAAGGGGUCCAACCUGUUCGAGCAAAGUGUUCUUGAUAGAGUGACUGGAGCGUUCGCCUGCAACCACUGCUGAUUAUGGUCACUCACUUCACUCUGUGCUGCCAGAUUGCUCUCCUAUUGUUUACGUGUUUGGUGUGUGCGGCUGACAUUUCAUGUAGAAAUGAAGAAGGGAAUCCAGUUGAUUGGUUUAUUAUCUACAAACUUCCAAAGUAUAAAGUAGGUGAGGUUGGGAGUGGGGUGGAGUACAUGUACCUGGAUGAAUCAGUAGCGAGAUGGCAGAUGAGCAAAUAUAUGAUCAACACCAGCCAAGGAGCCAUAGCCAACACUCUGAAACAGCUGUACAUGGGAAAAGCCUACAUGUCCAACAGCUCGGUCUACGUUCUGUACAAUGACGGGCCGCCAGAUCUGAAAUACAUUCAAGCCUAUGGACACACUAAAGGGGUUCUGCUCUUUGACCACGCUAAAGGGUUCUGGCUGUCACACAGCAUCCCUCAUUUCCCAUCAUUCCCUGAAAGGGGCUACCUGUACCCAUCCUCAGGCAAAUUAAAUGGCCAAACUUUGCUCUGUAUGACUUACCAGUAUGCCCAGUUCCUCAAAAUUGCGCAGCAGCUGGAGUACCUUUAUCCCCGUUUCUACAACUGCUCCGUCCCCGCUGCGUUGUCGGCUGACCUGCCCCAACUCGCAAAGUUGUGUGCGGGCUCCAAACCAGCGCUGGCCUCUGACAAGAGCAUGCAGCCGCUCUUUUCUAAUCGUGGGGAAAAGUUCAUCAGCUUCGUCAAAUCUGACCACUUUGUAGAUGACAUCUACACGGGCUGGGUGGCUCAGGUUCUGGACACUGACCUCCUGGUGGAGUCUUGGCAGACACAAGGACGCGUUCUUCCCUCCAACUGCUCACUGCCCAGACACGCCAUGAACAUCAAGAGGAUCCAGCUUCCGACUUUAGUCCGUUUCCAAUCCUAUUAUGACCACUCAAAGUGGUGCGUUUCGCAAGCUUACGAGGACCAAGUAACCUGCCUGGGGGACCUGAACAGGGAGAGGGCCCAGCUGUGGCGUGGCGGCGGUCUGAUCUGCUCCGACAACCCUGUGAUUUACAAGGCCUUCAGACAGCUGGUGGAUUGGUACAUCAGCUGCACAAUGAAAUUAAAUGACUGAACCGUCGGCCUUAAGUUGACUCAAUUAAAUCAUGUAAAACUGAAAGCAUGAACAACUGUCAUAAUCAAAACCACUGGAUUAUCGGAUAAUUCAUGGUUUAAAAAGCCCUUAUUCCUAUUCAUGGGACUUUUUAUCAGUUGUAAAAAAGUUCAUUUUUGUAUCAAACCUUACCAAGUAUUUGUUUUUUACUGGAUAAUUUCUGACAAUGUGGAGAUCAGCUGCAUGUUUUAAAUUUUACAAACUUUUAGACAAGUUAAUGGAUCAACUGAAGAGCUUAUGGUGUCCAUGGAUUUCUGUAUUUAAAUCUGUGUGAACCUCAAGCUAGUGGACAUAAAAGUGUACAAUACUAAACAGGUAUUUACAUUUUUAGGUUUUUUUUUAAAUAAAUUGAGAUACAGUUAAGAAUGA